AUGCCUCUGCGAGCCAAGAUCCUCAGCCCGGCCAUGCAGCAGAGCGCUGCAAGAUCAUUCACUUCCGUCUCAGAAAUCAAAGAACAGCCCGGCGACGAACCCAAUGAUGUCGUGUUCGCCAAACAAGGCGGCCUUCGAAGUGCCACCCUCAAUCGACCAAAGAAGCUCAAUUCGCUGAAUGGAAGUAUGGCACGGAAGAUAAUCCCACGUCUUGCGGAAUGGAGUAGAAGUGAAUUGGCCAGCGUGGUCGUGAUCAAGGGUGAAGGAAGAGCUUUCUGUGCUGGAGGCGAUGUGGCAUGGCUCGCACAGAAGAACAGAGAAGGCAAUAAGGGCCAGCAGGAGAGCAAGGACUACUUCGCUCUCGAAUACAAGCUGGACCACCUUAUCUCGACCUACAAGAAGCCAUAUGUUGCCUUCUUGGACGGCAUAACCAUGGGUGGAGGAGUUGGCCUAUCGCUCCAUGCACCCUUCCGGAUAGCGACAGAGAACACAGUCUUCGCAAUGCCCGAGACCACAAUCGGCUUCUUCCCAGAUGUCGGAGCUUCAUUCUUCCUUCCUCGGAUGGACGGACAGCUUGGUCGAUACCUGGCGUUGACAUCGGAACAGCUCAAAGGUCCGAACGUCUUCUAUGCCGGCAUCGCAACACACUAUCUGCACUCUUCCUCGCUACCUGAUCUCGAAGCACGACUCGCCGAACUGCAAUUCAAGGACUACGAGACUCUCCAGCAUCGCUACAAGAUCAUCAAUUCCACCAUCGAAGAGUUCGCAACCGGUCUUCCGCACGAUCAGCCAAUCUCUGCCCCGGUGGGCGGUAACAUCCGGCUAGCCAUCGAUUACGUCUUCCAGCCAGCCCAUGAAACUAUCGAGAAAAUUUUCCACGAACUCGAUGAUUAUGCUAGCAUGUUGGAAGGGUCACGAGGCUACCCUGAAGUGCCUGAGUGGGCGGCUAAGACCAAGAAAACCAUUCUUCAGAGGUCUCCCACAUCGGUCAAGGUUACUCUUAGACAACUCCAGAAGGGUCGUGGCUGGUCUAUCGCCGAGACUUUCCGCAAGGAGCAUGCUAUUGCAGCUAGAUUUAUGGAGCAUCCCGACUUCAUCGAGGGUGUCACGGCUUUGUUGGUCGACAAACCAAAACGUACACCGAACUGGAGUCCUGACUCUCUAGAUAAGGUGUCGGAAGCCGAUGUCGACAGCUUCUUCACCCACCGAACGGAAUUCGAUCUGCUUGGCAAAGAAGCAGGAAGCUCAGAGAUAGACUACAAGGAGUAUCCACAUGCUUGGAUAGGUUUGCCGGCAGAGGUUUCAGUACAGGAGAAAGUGAAGGGCUGGUCGCGAGAGCAGAUUUUAGACCACUUCGUCAAGCAGACCAAUGGAAAGCAGGGUGUGAGAGAAAAGGUGAGCGAGAUCUUGGACAGGAAGUCUCGAGAUGAAGGCGGCAGGCUACAGUGGGUACAAUAG